GACCGGACACCGUCUGCACGAGCUCGCUUUAUUUAUUUAUACGUAUGACGAUAUAACGGGCAUGCUAAAAUACGAAAACAAAUACAUAUACUUCUGUAACGAACAUCGUACUCGCAUUACGAAGAGAUAGCGAUUAUCGUUGCGUGCCAAUUUCUCGGGGAUAUUCGCGUGCGAUCGAAGAGGUCCUCCUCUACGUUCGUAUCGCUCCCGACUGCUACGGGAUUCGACGUCGUUUUAAAACUACGAUCUCUCGUCCCUCUUCGUAUGACAUAACGAGUAUAGGUCAUCGCCGUAUACGUGCCAUCGAUAUCACCGAAAAGCUCUUCUCGAGCGAUCUCUCGUAAAUCGCAUUUUCUAUUUCGUCGAUAUGCAGGAAAGUCGCAACGAUAACGUUAUGAUCGUUGGAAAUUAAAAAGUAGAGAAACGCUUGAUGAAACGUGACUCUUCGUUUUUACGUUACCCGGUACACGUAUAUCAUGAUAUUUUACUCGAAUCCCGAACAACGAUCGAGCGAAAGCAAGACGAAUUAUUCUACGAAGAAUAAUGGAUUAUACAUCGUCGCGAUGGAAAGCCGUGGAGAAAGUGACAUGUAUCAUGUCCGAGAAUCGUAAGGAUUCUCCUACAGAAUACGAUCUCGAGUCACCCGAAUAACGAUAAAGCACGAACUCUUAUUUAUUCUUUGCGCUCCGGUCGAGUCUCCCUCCCCUUUCCACCACCUCUUUCCCCAAAUAACGCUAAACGUUACCGUUUCUCUUCGUCGAGAAUUUUUCUCUUCCUCGGGACGGAAGAAUCAUUUUUUUUCCUACUGCGUAUAAUUUCAAAUAACGCGACGUGUCAUAUAGGCGUCUCUAAUUGUCUCCGAUCGAAGAGAGGCAAUUAACGACGACGAGUGGUGGGAGAAAGGAAAGAAAAGAAAGAGAAAGAGAGUUGAUUAUGUUAUCGGUGCAGACGCUAGAUACGGCUGUUGUUUAUCCAUGCCACGUACAAUUCGGUCGGCAAGCUUCUCUCGUUUGCGCGUAUCCGGAACAAGAUUUAUAAGAUUCUUACGUAAGAACCGCGAACGUGCGGCAUUAAAAUCAAAAUAGAUCUUGGAAGUUGUAAAAUUUGAUUUCUGUAAAUAUCAACUGUUAAGAACGUAGACAGAAGUGGAUGUGCCACGCAAAGUAUUGCACGAAGCGUUCGUUUUUGCCGAGAGUAGUUUGCGAGAAAAUAGAAAAUAGAAUAUUUUUGCGGCUGAAACCAAUGGCUGAGGAUAUAAGGCGUUCCGCGUUCCUCUCUCUCUCUCUCUCUCAUUACAAAACACGAAGCACGGCGGAGACAGCGCGCGAUCGUGCCUCGCAUCCGCUACUUUGUCUCUUUUCGCGUUCGUUUAUGCAUCACACAUCGAGUAUUCGCGAUCGUUUACGAUCUUCGCUUUAUACUUUGAUGCACCGACGCGAUAACGAAGCAAACGCACACGCGUCGAACGCGUGCGAUGCUCGUGUACGACUAGCUCCGUUCCCGUUGACGCCUUUCACGCGCUUUAAACGCGAAGAACCCCCCGCGUUAGCACGACGAUAAAUGAAACGUUCCAUUGUGAGAGGACCGACGAAAGAGCAUGAAAGAAACGUCUAAAUUUUCCUUCGAGCUUCCGUCUACGCGUACUCCUCUUGUUUAAAUAUUUAUUAACAAUAAAGAAAUAUCGCGAUAAGGUCGAUCCUCCCUACGACUGCUUCGUAUCGUACGCCUUUGCCGUUUAAAUGCAACGAAAUUUCAACAAUGAGAAAUAUUCCAUUCGCUUCUGUCGGAAAAGAGAGAAACAAAGGAGAGAAAAAAAAGAAGGAACGAUACGAUUCGGAAUCACGUUUCGUGAUCAAACUCGCCAUGGUAACCGAGUACGCCCUUUUAUUCUCUCCCCUAUCGCGCUCGUAUACAUUUUCGUAGGGUUUCUGAGAACAUGCUCGCGCUCGUUCGACGUUUCAUUAUAACCUGUACGUACGCACAGCAAGAGAUCGCUUUUGAAUCGGCUCGUCGUCGAACUUUAUCGAGAUGCUAAAAUUUCCACGUUCCACCGGGGAGGAUAGAAGAAUCGCGGCGAGCAUCGAAAGGAGACGACAACUGGAGGAGGAGAGGAAAAAACGAAUCUUCAAUCCUCGCUUCAGAAAGAUCGGAAUCGACAAGGAAUUCUUGGAUCGACAAGUGGAGGAGAAGAGACAGCAACGCGAGGAAGAACGCGCUAAGGAAUGCCAGCUGGACGAGAGUCUUGUACGCAGCAGCAAGAUCGCUUUGCAAUUGGAAAAGGAACGAGCGGAGGAAAAACGACGGAUAAACGAAGAGAUCGUGGAGUUUCGGCGACUGCACCAGAGGCGCGAGGACCGCCGGGACUACGAUCUCUACGACCCGGACGCUCUGAGGACGUCGCUACCUUGUCGAGUCGGUGACGACGAUCCGCGUUUGGGACUGGCCUCGGCGCAAAAAUUCGGAGGCGAGGAUCACAACUUUCGAGAACAAGAUCGGACGAGGAAGGAGGAAAUGCGCUGGUGGGUCGAGAAGCAAAUGAAGGAACGCGAGGCUGCGGAGAAGGAACGAAAGGAUGCCGAGAAAGCGUACCAGGAAGCCGUUGUCUCGAGGGACGAACGUGCCGUGGAGUUGGAAAAGUUGGAGCGAGAAUGUCGUCGAAGGUUAAACGAGGCCACCGCGAGUUUCAACAGAGCGCUGGCGGAGGAGCAGGAACACCGACGACUUUGCGAAGCCGCUCAAGACGAGGAGGACAAGAAGGCGGAAAUCUACAAUCACGUGACCGGAGAUUUCCUGACGGAAGCCCCCGAGCAAGCGGAGAGCAGCCGUGGACCGAAGAAACCGCUCGCAACGCGUUACAAGGGCAUGACGGCCGAUCAACUCAAGGUCUUCAGAGACCAGCAAGCGCAACAAAUGGAGGAAAUCCAGAAAAUGAAAUCGAAUGAGAAACGAAUAAACGAGGAAUGGUAUCGACUGAUGAACGCGCACGCCGAAACUGCCGAAGCUUAUCAACGUGAACUCGAUCGAAAGAAGACGGAACUCAAUAAGAAGAUCGCGGAGGAAAACUUGAGGCUCGCCGAGCAACAAAAGUCUUAUCAGGAGUAUUUGAAUCGCGUCGUAUACAAGAACAAACCAUCGCCUGAAUAUUUCUCGCAGUUCAACAAGGGAACGCGUUAGACGAAUCCUUUGCCUAUUAUUUCGCCUUUUAUUCGCCGCACUAUCCUUUCCAUAUCGCAAUAAAGCAAAAUACGUACCGAACGCAACCGA